ACUUUUUUUCUUUGAAAAAUUCCUGAUAAUGAUCCAUUUUUUCCGUUAUCGUCCGCGUUUUACGCGGUUUGUUUGGUUGCUUGGAAAACAUAAGUUGUAGCGACCAAAACGAGGUAUUUGUUUGGUGUGACAGUGUGAUUUGGGUAUUUUUUGUGGUUUUGAAGGGAAAGGGAGAGAAGGGGAGUGCGAUUGAACGAAGGUGGUGGGUGAGAAUGGGUAGGCUUUUUGUGGUUACUCUUGAUGGCGGCAGAGUCUACAGCUGCAAGCAUUGCAAGACCCAUUUUGCGUAUGCCAAUCAAAUUAUUUCCAAGGCUUUUCACAGCAAACAUGGGAAGGCUUAUCUCUUUGAUAAGGUUGUGAAUGUCACAGUCGGAGAGAAGGAAGAUCGGUUGAUGAUGACUGGAAUGCACACUGUUGUUGACAUAUUCUGCGUUGGGUGUGGCUCCAUUGUUGGAUGGAAAUAUGAGGCUGCACAUGAGAAGUCCCAACAAUACAAGGAAGGAAAAUUUAUUCUUGAGAGGUUCAAGGUGUUGGGUCCUGAUGGAAGCACCUAUGUUAAUCAGGACAUUCAGGCUGGUGGAAGUGAUGUGGAAGACGCAUGAUGAGCCAUUCAGUUUGGAAAAUUUGAUUAUUUUUCUUUAAUUGUACAUCCUCUUAUAAAACACCUACCUUCUUGUGGGACCUGCUAGUCCGGAUUCUCAAAUUGGUUAGUUUGCAGGUCUCACAAAAUGGGGGUUGAACGAUGGCAUUUUCCAUUGGUUAAUUAUCAAAUUGCAUUAUUGCAUCAAUGCUAGUCUCCUUUUGACCA